AUGGCUUCGCUUCAGAUUUUGAAGUCGACGUUGUUUCCAUUCUCUGUUUCUCGAUCGAAUUUCCGCCGGAAUUCGAGUUGUUUUUGGUCGGAAUUCGAUUUCGAUGUCACUUCAAAAAGGAUUAUCAAGCUUCGAAGUCAUCGGGACUUAAAAUUUUCCGUUAACACAAGGUUUAAGGUCUGUUGUAAAGUUCAAGAAGGUGAAAGCCAAAGCAAUGGUGAUGAACCUCCGGAGUCAUUGUUUAUGAAGGAAUUAAAGAGAAGGGGCAUGACUCCCACUUCUUUGCUUGAUGAAAGCAGUAGAAGCAUAUCUGGAGAAGAGAUAAAAAUUAAAGAAGAAGAUGGAGGUUCUUCAAGAAGAAACACAGUGUCAACAGAAUUUGGAAGGAACGUAUCUAAUCAAAGGGAGGUCUCUAUGUCAUUGAAUAGUGAAGGGCUUGAGGGUUUGAUUCCACGUGCUAAACUUUUGCUUACACUUGGGGGAACAUUCUUCUUGGGAUUUUGGCCAUUGAUCCUCAUUACAGUCGUGUUUGCCUCCGUGCUCUACCUUUAUUUUGGACCAAGUUUUAUCCAUGAUGCUAGCAACAAUCCUGUAGUACCACCGCCAUAUAUUGAUCCGUAUGCUCUUCUGGAAGAUGAAACAAUAUCUCAAACGGCCCCUCGUCUAAAUUGAAGGACUAAAGUCACUGAACACCUUCAGGUGUAGCAGCUUUCUCAGAUUUCAAACUACAGCAACACAAAUUUUAGAUAUGUGUACUUGGAGAGCGCCAAACAAUUUGCCCUUUCAAAAAACAGCAUUGUCAAAUAUUUAUUCAUUUCAAAUACUUCCUACAUGAAUAAAAGACGAAAGGAAAUUUAAGAUAGAGAUUUAAAGGGCUUGAAGGUGUGGAGGGACUUGACAAGGCCUUGAACAGAUCCAGCAGCAGCAAGAAGCGAUAUAACCAAGCAAGCUCCACUCAGUAUCUGCAUACAAAUCCAGGUAAGGGAAAACCUCCGAAUCUUUGCCUGUGACAUGUACAUCUCUAUCGGAAAAUACACCGCCAACGGCCAGAAUGAGGCGGCCCCGAGAAGACCGACGAAAUCAUUGAAAAAUGGGAAUAUCAUCGCCAACACGGUGGAAAACGUCACAUAUGCUGUUCUCCAGACCAUCCUGAAGAAACUGAAGUUGAAGCUGCCGUAAAAUGGUAUGUUGAUGGAGUGAACUCCUGUUAUAAACCUAUUGUUUGCCCAUUUCUUGCUGCUCCAACCUUCCACGAAUGCAAAUAUUGGUUGACAGAAUACCUACAUAUGCAUGAUAAAGGAUUUACACAGGUCCUACAUAUAGAGAGUAGUUACAUACUCUAUAUGAUUUUGAGUGAUGGCAAGUGUUUAUUUUCUUAAGACGGUAAUUUUGCGGGUUUGAGUCUAAGAAUAAGUCACUCAGAAGCUAUGAUUUGCAAUACGGAAACAUAAAUGGAGACUGAGGUGACAACCUAGUGAUUAUAGUUCACCCACUACAAG